CCGCCCGCUAAUAGGAGCAAUGGGUAAGAGUUGUGCCGCGGCUGCCGCUGGUGCCAUGCGGGCUCGGUGAGCGAGAGGAUAAACCUCGCGCGAGCCAGACCAGCCCACAGCCAGCCAGCCUUACAACAACAACAACAACCACAGCAGCAACAACAACAACAGCGACCACCACGGGAGAUACAACAACAACGGCGGCGGCGGCGGUGAGGCGACGUGGAGCGAUCGUCCAUCAGAAGCCCGGGCGGGAGGGAUAGGCAGGCCGGCCGGCUGGCGGAGCGAGCGGGCGGGAGGCGAUGAUGCGGGUCGGAGUGCUCGCGGUGCUGGCGUCGUUGAUAUCACCACCACCAUCAUCACCACCACCACCAUCAUCACCAGCAGCAGCAGAAGAAGAAGAGGUAGCAGCAGCAGCAGCCGCGGCGUCGUCCUCCUCCUCCUCCUCGUCGUCUUCGUCGGGGUCGCGGUGUUGUCGCUGAACGCGCAGCAGCAGCAGCCGCCGCUUCACGCAGGAUCAUGGCCGCGCAGGUCCCUCCCGCUGCUGCUGCCGGCGGCGGCGGUGGCGGCAGCAGCAGGGACGCGGCUGAAGCGCCGGGACCCAAGCAGCAGCAGCAGGGGCUCGAGGGCCGGGACACGGGAGGAGGAGGAGGAGGCGGCAAGGAUGGCGUGGUGGUGGUGGUGGUGGCGGGCGGCAAGCAGGAUGGGCUGUCUAACCACAGGCUCAAGGCGGGCGAGGAGGCUCCUCAAUGUGGAGGAGGAGGAGGUGGCGGCAGGGAGAUUGGGGGCCUGGGGGACUCCGACGGUCGCGUGUUGCACCUCGCCAAGGGUCCUCCUCCUGCUGCUGCUGCUCCCCCCCACUCGCACCCCUCCUCUGUGGCCCCGCCGCCGCCUCCUCCUCCCCCGCCUCCUCCUCCUCCAUCGUCUUCUUCUUCGGCGUCUUCUUCAUCUGCCGCUGCUGCUGCUUCGCUCCCUCACCAGGGUCCGAUGGGAGAGGGCCCUGCCAUGGGCGGCGAGGCCCGAUACGAGGGUCCCCUGGGGGGAGCAGCAGCAGCAGCAGGGUACGGCUACCCGACCCCGUACCGGGGCCCCGGUGGCCCCGGGCUCCCGGGGGCUCCCGGCUCCUCGUCGUCCACCUCGUCCACCUCCUCAACCUCAUCCUCCUACGAGCAACAUGGCGGACAACAAAGCCAGGCCGCUCUCCUGGUGGACGGGCCUCACAACUCUCACGACGGCUACGCCAACAGCAGUGGAGGCGCGGGGCAGUACGGGGCAGGCGGCCACCAUCAUCACCACCACCAUCAUCAGCAUCAUCAUCAGCAGCAGCAUCAUCAUCAGCAGUACGGCGGCUACGGAGCGCCUCCACCCAGGGGUUACCCGGCCCAGCCGGGAUACGUUCUGGGGGGCCCGCGUGGGGGGGCCCUAACCAAGCAGCAACAACAGCAACAACAUAUGAUGAGUGGCUAUGCGCACCACCACCAUCAUCAGCACCACCACCAGCAGCAGCAGCACCAGCAGGCUCAGCAGCACCAUCACCAUCAGCACCACCAGCAGCAGCAUCAGCAGCAGCAGCAUCAUCAUCAGAGGUUGCUGGGCCACGUGAACUCAACACAGCAGCCUCCCAGCGGCGCGACCCCGACCCUCAACCAGCUGCUGACGGCCCCCAGCCCCGCCAGGGCCUACAACAGCUACGCGGCCCAAGACUACCAACACCAGCACCAGGGCCUCCACCAGGGCCUCCACCAGGGCCUGCACGCCAGCAUGGCGGGGCCCAAAGCGGCCGAGCUGACGGCGCACGGCCAGUACGGAGCGGCUCAGCAGCAGCAGCAGGCGGCGUGGGGAGGACAUCAGCGGACGCACCCGGCCCUCAGCCCGGGCGGCUCUGGCCAGGCCCUCGCGAGAUCCCAGGGCAAUCCCAUGGAGCCCAUGGGGGUGAAGCGGCCGCAGCCGUACGGAAUGGGAGGCAGCCCCUACCCCCAGCACCCCCAGCAGGCCGGCCAGGGGGGGCCCUACUCGGCUCAGCAACCGUACAGCCCGCCCACGCCCCAGCGCUACCCGAUGGGAGCCCAGGGGGGCCCCCAGCCCCCCAUGACGGCCGGUCCCUACUCGCAGAGACAGGCCGUGCCUCCUCAUUACGGCCACCAAGGCAUGUCCGGAUACUGCCCACCAGGCCAGGGGCAGCCGCACCCGGGCCAGCCGCACCCGGGCCAGCCGCACCCGGGUCAGCCGCACCCAGUCCAGCCGCACCCGGGGCAGCCGCACCAGGGCCAGCCGCACCCGGGUCAGCCGCACCAGGGACAGCCGCACCAGGGACAGCCGCACCAGGGCCAGCCGCACCCGGGCCAACCGCACCAGGGCCAGUCGCACCCGGGCCAGCCGCACCAGGGCCAGCAGCACCAGGGCCAGCCGCACCAGGGCCAGCCGUAUUACGGGCAGCAGGGAGCGGGGGCGUAUGGAGGCCCGCGGUACCCCAUGCAGCAGGAGGUCCCGCAGGACCUGUACGGAGGCAGAGGGCCCCAACCGCUCCCCGCUGGGAAGGCCGGCCAUGACGACAUGGGCAUGAUCCAGCCGGGCCGUCCCUCCAGCCUCCCCGACCUGUCCGGGGCGAUCGACGACCUCCCCACGGGCGGAGACGGCCUGCAGGGCGCCGCCGAGUCGCUGCAGGGCGGCGGCGGCGGCGGCGGCGCCGGACCCGCCGGCGCCGGCGGGUCCGGCCCGGGAGGGCCCGGCCCUCCGGGGUCGGGCCCCGGCUCGGCGGGAGCCUCCGCUGGCGGGCCGACCUCCUCCUCCUCCUCCGCCGCCGCCGCGGCCGGGUCGGCGGCGUCCGGCGGGGACGGUCCCGGCGGCGGCGGCGGCGGCAGCGGGCAGGCGAGCGGUCCCGGCUCUGUGGCGUCCGGCAGCCAGGGGGAGGCGAGCAACCCGGCGCAGUCGCCCUUCUCGCCGCACGCCUCCCCGCACCUGUCGGGCGUGAGCGGGCCCUCGCCCUCGCCCGCCGGCUCCCCGGCCAGCGUGAGCCAGCCUCGCUCCGGGCCGCUGUCACCCGCCACAGGAUUCCGGAGGCUCGGUCCCGUCUACCCGGCACGGCAGCGGAAACAUUGGGACGAGUUCGGCGCAGUUCAGUCGAUCGGCCGUUCGCGUCCGAUAAAUCCUGGAACGGCCCCUUUUGGCAGCGACGAGUGGCGGGCGCGGAGGCUAAUUAAAGAGGCUUUGGCCGAGCCUUCGACAGCCGAGGCCGCGGGGAGGGAGUGGCUCGGCGCGGGCCGUGGGCCGCUCGGGGCCCACGGUAACCAGAUGCCGCCGCGGCCCCCCAGCAGCCAGCCGGCGUCGCCCAUGCCGCAGGAGAGAGGUGCGUUGGCGCUGCGCUCUCACUCACCACCGCCGCUCAACGGGGGGGUCACGGGGCCCCCCGCUAGCGCCGGGGGGGCGGCGCGCGGGACCCAGCGCCAGGGGCCCCUAGAGCGGGCGCGCGGCGACAGGAAAGGAAGGGGGAAACCUAAGGGGGGCCUGGCCCCAUUCGCUGACGAACUGUACAUGCCUGUGUACGUGUCUGUAUACCUGUGUGGCCGUGUGUGUGUCUGUACAUGUGUAUUCAUGUGUAUAUGUGCAUGCUGUACAUGUGUGUGCAUGUGUCCAUGUCUAUACUUAUCUGUAUUAUACGCUUGUGUAUACGUAUGUGCAUAUGUGUGUGCAAGUGUCCAUGUGUGUCUGUACACAUGUACAUGUGUACGUACAUGUGUGUGCAAGUGUCCAUGUGUGUCCGUACGCGUGUCCAUGUGUAUCCGUACGCGUGUCCACGUGUAUCCGUACGCGUGUCCACACGUAUCCGUGCGCGCGUACACGUGUGCGCGUGUCCAUGUGUGUCCGUACGCGUGUCCACGCGUAUCCGUGCGCGCGUACACGUGUGCGCGUGUCCAUGUGUGUCCGUACGCGUGUCCACGCGUAUCCGUGCGCGCGUACACGUGUGCGCGUGUCCAUGUGUGUCCGUACGCGUGUCCACGCGUAUCCGUGCGCGCGUACACGUGUGCGCGUGUCCAUGUGUGUCCGUACGCGUGUCCACGCGUAUCCGUGCGCGCGUACACGUGUGCGCGUGUCCAUGUGUGUCCGUACGCGUGUCCACGCGUAUCCGUGCGCGCGUACACGUGUGCGCGUGUCCAUGUGUGUCCGUACGCGUGUCCACGCGUAUCUGUGCGCGCGUACACGUGUGCGCGUGUCCAUGUGUGUCCGUGCGAGUGUCCACGUGUGUCCGUGCGCGCGUACACGUGUGCGCGUGUCCAUGUGUGUCCGUACGCGUGUCCACGCGUACACGUGUGCGCGUGUCCCCGCUUGCCUUACACAGGCUUCAUGCAGCGCAACUCUCAGUUCGGGCCCCAGCAGGGAGGCCCAUCGGCCCUCUCGCCCCGGCCCUCCCCGGCCGGGCCCCAGAUGCACGCGGCCGCCCUGGGGCCUUACCCGCCCUCCGGGGGCCCGGGGGGGUACCCUCCCCAGCCAGGGGGAGGCCUGUACGGACCGCAGCAAGGAAAUUACCAGCGCCCGUCCGGCUACGGCAACAUGCCCAACGCGGCGGCCUACGCCGGCACCGGCCCCGCCAUGGGCAUGGCCGGCAACAGCAGCAUGCAGGCGUCGGGGCCCGCCCAGGCCUACGGCGGCAUGGGAGCCGUGGGCCGGGGCCCGCCCUCGGGCCUGCAGGGCCGGCCCUACAACCAGGCCAUGGGCGGCCCCGCGAACAGCAUGCCUGGGCACGCCGGCCUCUCCUCCAUGCUGCCGAACAGCGCCAUGGGCGGCGGCGGCGGCGGCCACGGCCUGGGCAGCAACAGCAUGGGAGGGGGCGGAGGAGGAGCGGGGACGCCGGGCCCGGGUCAAGGCCCCGGGGUCGUGGGCCAGGCGGGCGGCCUGCCCAUGGCCGCCGGGGGCAUCGCCCUGGGUCAGGGCAGCGUCGGGAUGGGGCCUCCCUCGUCCGGCAUCAACCGCAAGGCGCAGGAGGCGGCCGCAGCGGUCAUGCAGGCGGCGGCCAACUCGACGCAUAGCAGGCCGCAGUACAGCCGCCCUCAGCCGCAGAGCUACCCGGCCCAGCCCGGCCCCACCGUGCGGCCCAUGUACCCGCCACAACACCCCAACUACGGCAACGCCCAGGCGCAAGCCUCCAUGCUGCACCAGCACGAGCAGUACGGGCAAAGCGGCUACCAAGGCAUGAACCAGGCGGGAGGAAUGAUGGGAGGAGGCUCUCCUUACGGGCAGCAGCAGCAGCAGCUGAGUGGGGGCGGCCCGGCCAUGAUGAAUCAAGGGGGCCCACCCUACUCCGUCCCAGGGCACAUGGGGCCCAACUCCACAGGAAACUCAGCCCCCCCCCAGCACAUCAUGUCCCCCCCGGGGCCCGAGGGAGGCAUGGGUCUCCAGGACGGGAAGACCCCUCCUCCGCCACCCAGCGAGAACAAGUCUAAGAAGUCCGGCUCGUCCACGACGACGGGCGAGAGCAUCAGCCGGCUGUACGAGCUCGGCUGCGAGCCCGAGCGCCGCCUCUGGGUAGACCGCUACCUCUCGUUCAUGGACGAGCGCGGCACGCCGGUGCCCGCGCUGCCGGCCGUCGGGCGCAAGCCGCUCGACCUCUACCGCCUCUACGUGUCGGCGCGCGACAUCGGCGGACUCACGCAGGUGAACAAGUGCAAGAAGUGGCGCGAGCUGGCGACGGGGCUGGGCGUGGGCACGUCGAGCAGCGCCGCCAGCUCGCUCAAGAAGCAGUACAUCCAGUUCCUGUUCGCCUUCGAGUGCAAGGUGGAGCGCGGCGAGGAGCCACCCUCCGACCUCGUCAACCCGCCCGUGCCGGCGGCCGACGCCAAGAAGCACGCCGCCAAGGUGCAGCCGCCGUCGCCCGCCGGCUCGGGCUCCAUGCAGGGUCCCCAGACCCCGCAGUCGACCAGCAGCUCCAUGACGGAGGGGGCGGCCGAGAUGAAGCCCCCCACUCCGGCAUCCACCCCACACAGCCAGCCGCCCCCCACCGUGGGAAACAGGAACAGCACCAUCAGCCUGCAGGACCCCUUCUCGGAGAACGGGGACCCGGCCUUCCAACGCCGCAACGCGCUCACCCCCAACCCCACCAGCGCCCCUUACCACAGCCUCACCCCGCCCGCCGGCGGGGGGCCCGACGCGCUGGCGCGGGCGGCCUACGAGCAGGGCCGGGCGGAGGGGCAGUACGGUGCCCCCCGCGACCCCCGCGACCCCCGCGACCCCCGUGACCCCCGCGACCCCCGCGACCCCCGCGACCCCUACAACCCCAUGCGCAAAGCGGUCCCCGUGCCCGACCCGUACGGCUCCCAGGGCCCGUCGGCCCGGCUGCCUCCCGACCCCUACGGCCGGGGGCCUCCCACGGGCCUGGCCGGCCUGGGCAGCAUGAGCCAGAGGCACCCGUACCCCUACGCGCCGGGCUACGACCGCCGGGCGGAACACGCGCUGUCGGUGGAGGCCGGAGUGGGCCCGGUAAACCCGCUCGUUCCUCCAUCCGUGUCGGACCCCGGGAUGUACUCCCCCGGGGGGCGCGGGCCCCCCCAGCCCAGGCACGACAACUACGGACAGCCGUACCCGGGGCAAGGCCCCCACCAGGGCCAGCCGCCCUACCCCCCGCCCGGCCAGCACGCAAUGUACCAGCAGCAGCAGCCGCAGCCACAGCCGAACUACAAGCGACCCAUGGAGGGCAUGUACGGCCCGCCGGCCAAGCGGCACGAGAGCGAGGCCUACGGCCUGGCCUACCCGGCCCAGCCGCCCUCCGACCCCUACGCGGGCUACCCCGUGUCGGGGGCCACGGGGGCCUACGGGGACCGCCGGGCGCCCCCCACGCACGCCCCGGCCCCCGCCAGCCAGUUCCCCUUCAGCUACGCGCCACCCGACCGCGCGCCCCCGCAAGCCCCCCAGGCCAUCGUGGGCGCCGACUCCGGCCCACCGCCGGCGCAGGGGUCGGCGGGGGGGCAACCGGGCUGGGGGCCGGCGCGCGCCGGGGGGGGGCCGGCGACGGGCGGCCCCGGGGACGCGGCGUACCCCCCCUACCCGAGCCGCCCGCCCUCGCAGGCCCCGCCGUACCCGGGCGCGGCGGGGGGCGGCCGCGGCGCGGGCGAGGACGGGGGGGCCCCCGCGGGGGAGCCGCCGGGCCCGCGGGCGCCGGGCGAGUGGCACUACGCGCAGAGGCCCGCGCCGUACGCGGCGACGCCGGCGCCGCAGCCCCACGGCCACGCGGCGCCGCCCGGCGCCGGCCAGAGGCCCCAGUACCGCACGGCCAGCCCCACCGGGUACCCACAGGUGUCUCCGAGCAAGCCGCCCUACCUCUCCGCCGGCGGCGUGCGGAUGCAGAAGGUGGGGCCCCCCGUGCCGGCGUCGCAGCUGCCGGGGGGCGGGCCCCCCGCGCCGCUCGCUCUGCUGCCCCCCCCACGCAAGGACCCCCCCUUCCCGCCGGGGUGCGUGGAGGCGACGCAGGCGGCCGUGAAGGCGCGCCGCCGCCUCACCGCCAAGGACGUGGGCACCCCGGAGGCGUGGCGGGUGAUGAUGUCGCUCAAGUCGGGCCUGCUGGCGGAGAGCAGCUGGGCGCUGGACUCCGUCAACGUGCUGCUGCACGACGACACCACCGUCGCCAGCUUCAGCCUCUCGCAGCUGCCCGGCCUGCUGGAGCUCCUCGUCGAGUACCUGCGCCGCUGCCUCAUCCACAUCUUCGGGAUCCUGCGCGAGUGCGAGAUCGGGGGUCGCGCCGCGUACGACGACGACGACGACGAGGAGGAAGAGGAGGACGAGGAGGAGGAGGAGGACGGCGAGGACGGUGCCACGCAGGACGCGGAGGAGCACGCGGCCGCCUGGGCCGGCCACUGGGUCGACGACGACGAGGAGGAGGAGGAGGAGGAGGAGGAGGGAGAGGAGGACCCGGGUUGGGACGAGGAGGAGCAGGAGGACGAGGAUGACGAGGCCUGCCCCGCCGGCCCUACCGACAACGACGACGACAACGACGACAACGACGACGACAACGACGCAGACGGCGGCGGCGCCGCGAGGGCGAACGCCAACGAGCGGCCGCGGCGGCGGCGGGGAGCGGCCGCCCCCCACCGGCCACCGGGGCCGUCCGCCGAGCGCAAGCGCAAGCAGGCGAGCCGCUUCGACCGACGGCCGCUGGCGCUGGCUCUGGAGGACGCGGACGGGGCCUACGUGCUGGACCGCUCGGCCCGCCUGGGCCAACCGCGGGAGUUCGACAGCGGCCUGCAGCACUGGCGGGUGGGCGGCGGCGACACCACGUGCCACAUCCAGACGCACUUCGAGCGCCGCGACGAGCGGCCCAGGAGCCCGGCGCCGCCGCGGCAACCGCAGCAGCAGCAGCAGCGGCGACCGGCGCAGCAGCAGCAGCAGCAGCAGCAGCAGAACGGGCCCGUGGAGAGCGCGCAGCCCAACGGCAGCAGCAACGGCGUGCGCGCGGACGGGGAGCCGGCGGGCAGGGAGGAGGGCGACGCGCCGCCCGUGCGGAACGGCACGGGCGGCAAGGAAGCGGCGGAGCGCGCGGCCAGGGGCGGCAGAGCGGCACCGGGCUCGCCCGACGGCGCCGGCCUGGCCCGGGGCGGCCCCAAGCCGGCGGCGAGGGCCGGGAACGACGCGGACCGCGGGCCGCCGGCGUCGUCCUCCAGCAGGCGGGAGACGGCGCAGCGGGGCCAGCGGCAGCAGCUGGGCCAGCAGCGGAAGCAGCAGCAGAUGCUGGAGGACGAGCCGCAGGGCCGCGACGAGGCGCCGCUGAGCCGCACGCGUCCCUGGCAGGAGUCGCUGGUGGGGCGCUGCGCGUGCGUCUCCAACAUCGUGCGCAGCCUGUCCUUCGUGCCGGGCAACGAUGCCGAGAUGGCGCGCCACCCGGGCCUGCUGGUCAUCCUGGGCCGCCUCGUGCUGCUGUGCCACGUCCACCCCGACCGCCGGCCGCCGCUGCGCCAGUGCCGGCGACCCCCGGCGGACGCCUCCGGCGACGAAGCCGGGGACGGUCGCUGCCCCGCGGCCGCCGGCGAACGGGGACAGAAGGAGGAGCGGGAGGAACCGGCGGCGACGAAGGCGGAGAAACGGCCGGACGCCGACGGCGGCGGCGGCGCCGCGUGCGAGCCCGCCGACGGCGGCGCCGCCGGCAGGACGGAGCGGAGGCCGUGCGGCGGGGGCGACGCGUGGGGGGGGUGGGGGGCGUGGGCCCCGGCGUCCGUGGUGCCCGCCGCCUGGCAGGAGGAGUGGCUGCUGGAGUGCGUGGAGACGCUGCGCGAGAACGCCUUGGUGACGCUCGCCAACAUCGCGGGCCGCCUCGACCUGUCGCUCUACGCCGAGAGCGUGUGCCUGCCCGUGCUCGACGGCCUCCUGCACUGGGCCGUGUGCCCGGCGGCCGAGGCGCGCGACCCCUUCCCGUCGCUCGCGCCGUGCGCCGUGCUCUCGCCGCAGCGGCUCGCGCUCGAGACGCUGUCGAAACUCGGCGUGCAGGAGGGCAACGUGGACCUCAUCCUGGCGACGCCGCCCUUCUCGCGGCUCGAGUGCCUCCUGAGCGCGCUGGUGCGCUUCGUGGCCGAGCGGCGCAACCCGGUGUGCCGCGAGAUGAGCGUGGCGCUGCUCGCCAGCCUCGUGCAGGGCGGCGGCGCCGACGGCGUGCCCGCCCGCGCCGUGGCGCGGCACAAGGGCACCGUGGGCAGCCUCGUGUGCUUCCUCGAGGACGGGCUGAUGGCCGCGCUGCAGCAGACGCAGCAGCAGCAGCAGACGCAGUCGGCGCAGCAGCAGCAGCAGCAGCAGCAGCAGACGGCGCAGCAGGGCGGGGGCGGGGGCGGUGGCGGGGCGGCCGCCUCGCUGGAGCCGCCCAGCGUGGACAUGCUGCGGCGUGCCGCCGGCGUGCUGCUGGCGCUGGCCAGGCUGGACGGGUGCCGCGCCGAGUUUGUGCUGUACGAGGGCCGGCUGCUGGACAUCGCCAUGUCGCACAUCCUCAACCCCUACAUCUCCCCCGUCGUGGCCGACGUGCUUUACGUGCUGGGCCACACGUGACCCCCGCCCCACCCCCCCAGCUACGCGUAGCCCACCCCACCCCGUGUCCCCCGCCGCCCGCCCCUCGCCGGGCCCCGCGUCUCCGUGUUGUCUCGCUCGGGGCCCCGUGGCGUCGCUGCCGGCCAGGCCAGGGCUCGAGUGUCCGGCCUCCUCUCCGCGCUGCCCCGCCCAAUUAUAUUUCCCGCGUCUUAGUUUUGUGGUUUUUAAUUUUCCCCGAUCGUCGAGUCCAGCGCCGCCACCGUUGCCGCCUUCCGCUGGCAAUGCCCCGCCCCAAACCUAGGAGGGGACCGGAUCUCCCCGCGGCACUCCCCGAGAGCCGGCGGACGUUCGGGGCGCCGUGCCGGGCGGGCGGGCGAGCGGGCGGGCGGCAGUUGGGAUAGAGAGGGCACUUGGCGCGUGCGCCGAGUGUUCACCAGGUCCAGCCAGGUGCCAUUUAAAAGCCACGAACAAGGAACUGAAACCCGGCGCGCCCCCCCCCCCCCCCACCCAACCCCCGCGCGGGGCACCCUGCCCUGCGGCCGCUCGGCGCCCAAAGCGCCAGCCAAUCGGUACUCCUCCUCCUCGUCGCUAGCGCCGAGCCCUGCGUUUGGAUACCGGCCCAGGAGACGUCGCCGUGUAUUUAAUUAUUAUUGACGUGGCAGAGUUGAGGUUGUGCGACGCGUGCGUGCGAGCGCACACGUGCUGCCCGUGGUCUGGGGCCCAGAAGGACGCUGCCGUGUGCGUGGAAGGGGGCGGCUCGGUACCCCGAGCCUGCCUACCUGCGUGAGGGGUGGGUGGCUGCGCGAGUGACUGCGUGUGCGCGAAAGAGUGAAUGUUUAUAUGUGUGCGUGUGCGCGGGAUUGACUGUGCGUGCAUUUCUGCCUUUGUCUAAGCGCGUUCGGGGGUGGGGGGUGAUUCCGCGUGCGUGGAGGCGUGCGUGGUGGUGACCUUGCCGCGGACAGCAGUGGGAACCCGGCGCGUCGCCCGUCAGCUUUGUUACGGUGGAACUUUGGAGAGCGCCCAGUGCCAGGCCACGAGGACACAACCCGCGGAGAGCUACGAACCGCCCGGUCGCCGUGGGCCCCCGCGGACGCCGGGCGUGCACCCAGCAGCCCGCGGUGGGGCCGUGGAUUUAGAAUUUGCGACCACGGCGGCGGUGGUGGCGACGGUGACGGGUUAUCCUCAUUAUUAUUAUUAUAAUUAUGGUUGUUGGCGCGUAAGCUGGGCGACCGGGCCCCGUUCCUGCCCGCCGUCGUCCGUCGCCCACCACCACCACCACCUGCCCUCCACUCGCGUGCCGGGCGCGGCGUGCUCGCUGUACAUACCUGUACAUUGCCUACUCCCCCCCCCCACCGCGCCCCCCUUAUCAUUAUUACUACUAUCGUUAUUAUUACUGCGUGUAUUUUAUUUCACGUCCGUUUAUAAUUAUUAUCGUACUUUUCAUUUUGUUUUAUAAACCCCCUUUUAGAAGGAAGUACUUGUAGCUAGAGUUGUGAGGACUGCUCCCCCCACCCACUCACCCACCAUCAUACCCCCCCCCCCCCACCAUCAUCCCCAGUGCUUAAUGGUAGGGGGAGGGGCGGAGUCCCCCGUGCCAGUGUACAGCCUCCCUCUUGCGACCACCCAGCGUGCGUCUCCCCCUGCCACGCCACGCCAACCGCGCCCCCCCCCCCCCCAGCGAGAAGAUGAGGAACGCGAGAGGGCACCGCUGUUUGGCGCCAGAGUCCUCCGCAUCUUUGUAUUGCCGAACAGCUCGCCCCCCCCCCCCAGCCCCCCCCCCCCGUGUACAUUCUG